AGCACGUGGAUCCUCCCUGUCGUCAGGCAGAGCUCUUCAGUGAGGUGGGCUCAGGGAGGGCUCUGUGCCUCUGCUCAGCCGAGCUGCAGCUGCUGCCCAGUUCUCAGGGGACAAGCUAGACCCUCUUACCUGGCUGCAGGGACAGAUACAGCAAGCCUCAACCCCUCCUGAGCCAUGCCAGCCAACCUCACAGAGGGCAGUUCCAAUUCCACCCAGACCGUGCCAACAACACUGGAUUCAUCCCGAGUGGCUUGCACUGAAACGGUGACUUUCACUGAAGUGGCCGAGGGAGAAGAGUGGGGCUCUGUCUACUCCWCCUUUAAGACUGAGCAGUUGAUAACCCUGUGGGUCCUCUUUGUAUUCACCAUUGUUGGAAAUGCAGUCGUGCUGUUCUCCACGUGGAGGAGGAAGAGGAAGUCCAGAAUGACCUUCUUUGUGACUCAGCUGGCCAUCACAGACUCUUUCACGGGACUGAUCAACAUCUUGACGGAUAUUAUUUGGCGAUUCACYGGAGACUUCCUUGCACCUGACCUGGUCUGCCGAGUGGUCCGCUAUUUGCAGGUUGUACUGCUCUAUGCCUCUACCUACGUCCUGGUGUCCCUCAGCAUAGACAGAUACCAUGCCAUUGUCUACCCCAUGAAGUUUCUGCAAGGAGAAAAGCAAGCUAAGGUCCUCAUCGGGGUUGCCUGGAGCCUCUCCUUCCUGUUCUCUAUUCCCACCCUGAUCAUAUUCGGGAAAAGGACACUCUCCAAUGGUGAAGUGCAGUGCUGGGCCCUGUGGCCUGAUGACUCGUACUGGACCCCAUACAUGACCAUUGUGGCCUUCCUAGUGUACUUUAUUCCUCUGACGAUCAUCAGCGUCAUCUAUGGCAUUGUGAUCCGAACUAUUUGGAUUAAAAGCAAAGCCCAGGAGAUGGUGAUUUCUAACUGCUCGGAUGGGAAACUGUGCACCAGCUACAAUCGAGGGCUCAUCUCAAAGGCAAAAAUUAAGGCCAUCAAGUACAGCAUUGUCAUCAUCCUUGCUUUCAUCUGCUGUUGGAGCCCAUACUUCCUCUUUGACAUUUUGGACAAUUUCAACCUCCUUCCAGACACCAAGGAGCGUUUUUAUGCCUCCGUGAUCAUUCAGAACCUGCCAGCACUGAAUAGUGCCAUCAACCCCCUCAUCUACUGUAUUUUCAGCGGCUCCAUCUGCUAUCCCUGCAGGGAGCAAAGAUCACAAGGCUCUAGAAUGACAUGCCGAGAAAUAACGGUAAGACAUGAGAUGCAGAUUCUGUCCAAGCCAGAAUUCAUCUAGACCCUUGGACAAUUGCAGUUGUAGGCUGAGUCUCAUGAGC